ACCCUUUAUAGGAAGUGCUUUAGCAGUAUAAAUACAUCUCUCAGUUAUCCACAAAGCCAGUGCCGUCUUCAACACAUCCUGUGUAGCAACACAACUACAUGGAAAUGGAGUCUGAGAUGGAGCGUGGUGCCCAGAGCAAGCAGAAUCUAAUCAGUGAAAAUAAUGGGGGUUUGGGUUGCUGUGGGUGGAUCCUUGUGAUUAUCUCUGCAUUUUUCAGCAUCUUAAUAUUUCCAAUCAGCAUUUUCAUAAGCAUUAAGAUCGUGAAAGAGUAUGAGCGUGCUGUCAUAUUUAGACUGGGGAGAAUAACAGCUCGAAAAGCCAAAGGACCAGGAAUCUUCUUCAUCCUCCCCUGCACGGACACUUUUGUCAAAGUGGAUCUGAGAACCAUCUCAUUUGACAUCCCUCCCCAGGAGAUCUUGACCAAAGACUCGGUGACAGUUUCUGUGGAUGGUGUUGUGUACUUCCGUGUAAGUGACCCUGUUGCCUCAGUGGCAAACGUGACCAAUGCGGAUUACUCCACCCGCCUACUGGCCCAGACCACAUUGAGGAAUGUCUUGGGGACCAAGAACCUGGCUGAGGUCCUUUCUGACCGAGAAGGCAUCUCCCACAGUAUGCAGAUGUCUCUAGAUGAGGCCACAGAUUCGUGGGGUAUCAAGGUGGAGCGAGUGGAGAUUAAAGAUGUUAAACUACCACAGCAGCUGCAGAGAGCUAUGGCAGCCGAGGCCGAGGCUGCCCGUGAGGCCAGAGCAAAAGUCAUUGCAGCAGAGGGAGAGAUGAAUGCAUCCAGGGCUCUGAAGGAGGCGUCUCUGGUGAUCGCAGAGUCUCCAUCCGCCCUUCAGCUCAGAUACCUCCAAACUCUCAACACCAUUGCAGCUGAGAAGAACUCCACCAUCAUCUUCCCUCUGCCCAUGGACGUCAUGAGUCACUUCAUGAAGAAAUGAUCGCUGAAUAUUCACAAAGUUUAUAUUACACAAAGUGUUUACUAAUCAUUCAUUUAGUAAUUUUUACAUGAUUUUCUUAUGUGCCAUGUUUGACAUAUUUAAGUUUUUUACAUGUUGUGGGGAUGAUAUCAUAUAUCUUUACCUGGAAAAUAGUGAUGCAACAAAUGACUUUAUUUCAAAAAUACAAUAUCAUAUUUCAGAAAAUAUAUCAAUGUGUUAUGCAACUUUCAAAUGCCAAUUUUAUAUUCUUAUACAAGUAUGCAUGAAAUUAAAUAAAAUCUACAGUAAAAACAAAA